AUGUCUUGCUGAAGACGAAUCCAUCUCGCUUUUCUUCAUCUCUUUCUUCACUCGCAAUCUCACACACACACACACGCACACAGAGCUAAUCAACAUGACGAAGCAGCAAGCUAACUGGUCUCCUUAUGACAACAAUGGAGGAACAUGUGUUGCGGUAGCAGGUGCAGAUUACUGUGUAAUAGCAGCAGACACCAGGAUGUCCACUGGCUACAACAUUCUAACUCGCGAUUAUUCCAAGAUCAUUAAACUAGCGGAUAGAUGUGUGAUGGCCUCCUCAGGAUUUCAGGCUGAUGUGAGAGCUUUGCAAAAGGUUUUGGCAUCCCGGCAUCUGAUCUAUCAGCAUCAGCACAACAAACAGAUGAGCUGCCCAGCUAUGGGUCAGCUACUUUCGAACACUCUUUACUACAAACGCUUCUUCCCCUACUACUCCUUCAAUGUUUUAGGUGGCCUUGACAGUGAAGGGAAGGGGUGUGUUUUCACGUAUGAUGCUGUUGGAUCCUACGAGAGGGUAGGUUACAGUUCUCAAGGUUCCGGUUCAACACUUAUCAUGCCUUUCCUGGACAACCAGCUAAAGUCUCCUAGCCCUCUCUUGCUGCCUGCCCAGGAUGCUGUUACACCACUUUCUGAAUCAGAAGCCAUUGAUUUGGUGAAAACAUGUUUUGCUUCAGCAACAGAAAGGGAUAUAUACACCGGUGACAGUCUGGAGAUAGUCAUAUUAAAUGCCAAUGGUAUUCGUAGGGAAGAAAUGGAUCUCAGAAAGGACUGAUUUCUCACAUCUUGUUCUACUGGUUCAUGUUUGAACUAGUUCAAAGGCCAGAAAGCGUAGCCGGUGAAUUCCUGCAGUAUUCAUUUGUAUGACUAUUGCACUUCAGUUAAAGAUUCUAUUUUGAAUGAAUGUAUUGCACAUCAGUUAUGAAUUCAAUUAUGAGUGAAUGUGGUAUGAAGUGUAUUUCCUAUUAAGUAGAAGUGUGUUACUAAAAAUAAUGAAAUUUAGCAAACUUUUUUUGGCUUGAAAAAGAAGGUAAGAAGGUCAGAGGUGUAGGUGGGAUUUUAGUUCCCAAUGAAAUGGGGUCCUUGAAUGCUAUUUGUGAAGCA